AUGACACCACCCCGCCAACGACCGGAGGAGAAACAGGGGAAGCGCGCUCUCCCUCUCUCUCUCUCUCUCUCUCUCUCCCUCUCUCUGCCGUGUGGAUGGACUGUUUUGACACCGGGACGCGUUUAGGGGGUCAUCAAAUGAAUCAGAGCAUCGGGAAGCCUUCACGGUAGCUGCUGGACUACUUUUAAUAGCAGUGAAACUCAGACUCGCGCACUCACGGAGCGGAAUGUGAGAAAGUCCACUUUGGCGCAUGUUUCUCUGCAUUGUGCGCAACCUUCUCCUGCCUUCUGCGCCGUUGGAAAGCGGAGGAGGAGGAGGAGGGACGGCUUUUAACGACUUGGUCCCUUGCCUAUGGACGACGGCGGUCCCCUCUCUCCAAAGGCAAAUGCUUUCAGUAUUGCCUCUCUGAUUUCGGCUGCAGAGCAAGCAGGAAACGCAGCAUUUGACAAGCAGAGCGCCGGCCUGGACAAGCCAGACCUGCACAGCCACAGUUCCUUUAAAAUGCACUACAGCACUGUCACCCGGGAAAUGGAAGCCUUCACGACGAGCAGCCUGAGCAGCCUCAACACGCCGGGGGGCUACCACCUCUCCCCGUCCCCCGGGGACCCCUAUAGCCAGCAUGAGUCCCACUUCGAGCCCUGCCCGGCGGCCCAGCACAACUACAGCUACCCGGGAUCGAACCCGGGCCAGGCGCCGCCGAGCGACAACGGGACUCCCAACUGCUCCUCCUCGUCCUCGAACUCCACACCGAACAGCAAGAGCAUAGUGAAGAAGAACCCCAAAGUGGCCAACAUUAACGUGCAGCUGGAGAUGAAGGCUUUAUGGGACGAAUUUAAUCAGCUCGGCACGGAGAUGAUCGUCACGAAGGCUGGCAGGAGAAUGUUUCCAACGUUCCAAGUUAAAAUAUUUGGGAUGGAUCCCAUGGCUGACUACAUGCUCCUGAUGGACUUCCUGCCUGUAGAUGACAAACGUUACAGGUAUGCUUUCCACAGUUCGUCGUGGCUGGUGGCGGGUAAAGCCGAUCCCGCCACGCCGGGCAGGGUCCAUUACCACCCGGACUCCCCCGCCAAAGGCGCGCAGUGGAUGAAGCAGAUCGUCUCCUUUGAUAAACUCAAAUUAACUAACAACCUGCUGGAUGACAACGGACAUAUCAUUUUGAACUCCAUGCACCGCUACCAGCCCAGGUUUCAUGUGGUUUAUGUGGACCCCCGCAAGGACAGCGAGAAAUACGCAGAGGAGAAUUACAAAACCUUUGUUUUUGAGGAGACACGCUUCACGGCGGUCACGGCCUACCAGAACCACCGGAUCACACAGCUGAAGAUCGCCAGUAACCCCUUUGCAAAAGGCUUCAGGGACUGUGACCCAGAGGACUGGCCCAGGAAUCACAGGCCAGGCUCUCUGCCAAUAAUGAGUGCCUUCGCCAGAACAAGAAACCCAAUGUCAUCCCCCCCUCAGCAGAACGGCACAGAGAAAGAAGACAGCCGGCGUGAAUACGAGCGAGACCCGACCGGCACGCCCAUGCACGCCGACCCGGCCCACCAGCUGAUGUCCCGGGUGCUCAGCCCCGCCCUGCCCGUCCCGGGAGGCCUCCACGCCGUCCCCCUCACCGGCGGCCGGCCCAGCCCGCCCCACGACCUCCGGCCGGAGCCCCACCCUCUACCUCCGGACACCCUGCACCACCACCCCUACAAGUACCCCGCCACCUACGAACACUACCUGGGAGCCAAGACCCGGCCGUCGCCGUACCCCAUCCCCAGCAUCCGAGGACACACGUACCACCACCACAUGAACCCCGCCACCACCAACAUGUACUCUGCCACCAGCGGCCCCUCCAACUACGACUACGGACCCAGAUAAUGACUGCCGCACAGCAUUGUGGGAAUGGAAACAGAGAAGGUUUCUGCAGCUCCUCUCCGCUGGAUAAACCCUGCCGUAUUUAUUUAAAGGAAACGUGUUUUUUUUUUUUUUGUUUUGUUUUUGCAUUAACCGUGGGCACCUGCUCUCGGCCCUGACCUUUGAACCCGGGCCAGCUCCGACCCGAGCGGUGCGGACAUUGAGCCAGCAAACCGAGGAGACCGGAGAGAGAGAGAGCGAGAGAGAGAGAGGGAGAGAGAGACCACUCCUCAACACAGGCAACACUUGUGAUCACAGACUGGAAUUGAAUUUUGUUGUUUUUUGUUUUUUUUGUGUUGGAUGCACUUUUUGAUUUGUUUUUAUUGCUUUCAAAAAAGCCAUACGUUAUAUAGUCCAUCAACCUUCUAGGUAGACGAGAUGUUUGCAUGUUGAGCUCACCGGAGACAGAGAGUGUCGAAACACGUCGAAAUGUUUUUUGUUUUGAGGAUUUAAAAGAGAGAAA